AAAUCCUCUAAAGACAAAAAUAAACACAUAUAAAUACAAUGCCUACCUUUCGCCCAUUAAUAUACCCAAAAAAUUCUCGAUCUUUCAUAUUUUGUAACGUGUUGUCACCAUGACGCCCACCAUCACCAGCACAACCUUGCUAAACUUCUUGAAACAUAACGUCGACUUGACGCGCGUGUGCUUCACUCUCUCCGCUGCUGCCGUUGUCUUCCUCCUACUAAUUCAUCUCAAAUUACGGGGUAAACGGGCCUCCCCGCCGUUACCGCCAGGCCCACGUGGGCUGCCCUUAUUGGGCAACCUUUUAUCUCUGGAUCCAGAGCUCCACAGCUACUUCAGAGAUUUGGCCCAAACUCACGGCCCAAUAUUGAAGCUUCAGUUGGGGAACAAGGUUGGUAUAGUUAUCACCUCACCUUCUUUAGCUCGUGAAGUUUUAAGAGAAAACGACGUCGUUUUCGCUAAUCGCGACGUCCCAGUCGCCGGCCGUAUAGCCACCUAUGGUGGAUACGACAUCGUUUGGACCCCGUACGGUCCUGAAUGGCGUAUGCUUAGAAAAGUCUGCGUUCUCAAGAUGCUCAGCAAUACCACCUUGGACUCCGUCUAUGAACUCCGGCGCCGGGAGGUUCGUCAAACUGUUGGCUACUGUUACAGUCGGGUCGGGUCACCCGUUAACGUUGGGGAGCAGAUGUUUCUGACCAUUCUGAAUGUGAUUACGAAUAUGCUUUGGGGUGGGGCUGUGGAGGGAGACGAGAGAGAUUCGUUGGGCGCUGAGUUUCGGCAGAUUGUUUCUGAGAUGACUGAUCUUCUGGGUAAGCCUAAUUUGUCGGACUUUUAUCCGGGUCUUGCUCGGUUUGACCUUCAAGGGGUUGGAAAGCAAAUGACUAAGCUGGCUCUUAGAUUCGAUAUGAUGUUCGAGAAAUUGAUUGCUCAACGUUCUUCUUCGUCUUUGAAGAUUCGGGACGAGAGAGAUAGUAGUGGUGGUGGUCAGAACAGAGAUUUCUUGCAGUACUUGUUGGAAUUGAAAGAAGAAGUUGAUUCUAAAACACCAUUGACGAUUACCCAUGUGAAAGCUUUGCUUAUGGAUAUGGUUGUGGGUGGGAGUGACACAUCCUCUAAUACAAUCGAGUUUGCCAUGGCUGAAAUCAUGAACCAGCCAGAGAUUUUAAAGAGAGCCCAACAAGAGUUAGAAGCUGUAAUUGGCAAAGACAACAUAGUAGAGGAGUCUGACAUUCAUAAGCUACCUUACUUACAAGCUGUGAUGAAAGAAACUCUGAGGCUGCACCCAGUUCUACCAUUGUUAGUGCCUCAUUGCCCAAGUGAAAGUUGCACUGUGGGAGGCUACACCAUUCCAAAAGGCUCUCGGAUUUUCAUCAAUGUUUGGGCCACACAGAGAGACCCUUCCAUCUGGGAGAAUCCCCUCAAGUUUGAUCCAGAGAGAUUCUUGAACAACAGUAAAUGGGACUUUAGUGGAAGUGACUUUAACUACAUCCCAUUUGGUUCUGGUAGAAGAAUAUGUGCAGGGAUAGCCAUGGCUGAGAGGAUGGUGAUGUAUUCACUAGCUACUCUUUUGCAUUCUUUUAACUGGGAAUUGCCUCGUGGAGAGAAAAUGGAUCUUGCAGAGAAGUUUGGAAUUGUUCUUAAGAAAAAGAUUCCACUAGUUGCCAUUCCUACCCCAAGGUUAUUGGAUCGCUCACUAUAUGAGUAAACUACUUUAAUAGUCAGUUCCUUGAAACACUACUGAGUUCUAUAUAGUUCUGUCUUUUAAGGUUCAAUACUUGUGAACUCGUUAAUUCUGAAAUUGUAACUUUAAUGAGCUCUAAAUGCUGUCUGUUUGUGUUUAAAGUACUAGUCAUUCGUUUUCUUAUUGUUUUAAACUUUGGCUGUGGCUAAUUCAAUGACGAGAAUGAGAAUAAAUUAGGUGUAUGUUGUUUAUGUUAA